AUGUAUUGGUCAAAAAGAAAGUUAAUUGAAACUCCUAGUUUUUCUAACAUCAUGAGUUCGAGAAGGUUUGACCUUAUUAUGCAAUUUAUUCAUUUUGAUAGGAAUGAAAGCACUGAUUCUUCUCAUCCUCAGCCAAGACUAAAAAAAAUAUGGACCGUUUUAAAUUACUUACAGAAAAAAUUUUCGGAAGUUUAUACACCCGAACAAGACACAUGUAUUGAUGAAAGUCUAUUGCUGUAUAAAGGGAGACUUUCUUGGACCCAAUACUUACCUCUUAAAAGGGCCAGAUUUGGUAUCAAGAUGUUUAUGUUAUGUGAAUCUCAUAGUGGAUAUGUGUGGUCUAUUAUAAUUUAUGUCGGUAAAAGCACAGAUAUAUCUGAAGAAAAUAAAGAAUGUUCGUUUUCUACUCAGGUAGUUUUGACAUUGUCUAAGCCACUAUUAAACAAAGGAUACUGCCUUACUAUGGAUAAUUACUACAACUCUCCCGAGUUAGGGGAAAUGUUAUUGAAAUCUAAAACUGAUUUUUUUGGAACAUUAAGACCUAACAGAAAAGAUCUACCAAAGGAACUGAAAACAAAAAAGCUUAAAAAGGGAGACUUACUUGCCUAUCAAAGAGGUAAGAUGAUGAUCAUGCGAUGGAGAGAUAAAAAAUAUGUUCAUUUUAUAAGCUCAAUUCAUAAUCCUGAAAUCCGUUAA